AUGGUCAUAAACUCCGGUACAGAUACCCUCUCGUACCCCGUCCAGCAGCCUGUGCAUCAGGUUGUGGGCAAGGAGAGCGGGGAGAAGAGGGCUUUGCCUGUUACGCUUCUUUCGGGGUUUUUGGGAAGCGGCAAAACAACACUCCUCGAACAUAUUCUCAAAUCACCAGACCAUGGUCUUCGAAUUGCUGUCAUUGUCAAUGACAUGUCUCGUUUGAACAUAGACGCAACCCUGAUAACCCACCACCACGUAACCCGCACCAAAGAGAAGCUCAUCCAACUCCAAAACGGUUGCAUCUGCUGCACAUUGCGCGGCGACCUGUUAGCCGAACUCGCCCGGUUGGCCCAAAAGAACGACGUGCAAUAUGUUGUUAUCGAGAGUACGGGGAUUAGCGAGCCGAUGCAGGUUGCUGAGACAUUUACAACAGAGUUCGGGGCUGUGUUUGAUCAGGAGGAGUUGGGGGAGUUGAGUGAAGAGGAUAAGGCAGUUUUGGUUGAUGUGAAGAAGAAUGGGUUGCAUACAAUGGCCCGCCUCGACACAACAGUAACCGUCCUCGAUGCAUUCAACAUCUACGCCAACCUCGACACUGCAGACUUCCUCUCUGACCGCUAUGGCGACGCCAUCGUCCCUGAAGACGAGCGCACAAUCUCAGACCUCCUUGUCGACCAGAUUGAGUUUGCAGAUGUUCUUAUCAUCAACAAAACGGAUAUGAUUGAUCCUCCCCGUCUGGCUAGGAUAAAACACCUUCUUACACUACUGAAUCCUAAUGCCAAGGUGCUGGAGAGUAAGUACUCGAAGGUCGAUGUAAGGGAGAUCAUCAAGACGGGACGGUUUGAUUUUCUGAAGGCUGCUAGUGGAGCUGGGUGGUUGAGGAGCUUGCAUGAGAUGACUUUGCAGAAGACGGGGAAUGGAGAGAGAAUGGCACCGAAGCCGGAGACACUUGAAUACGGGAUCAACAACUUUGUGUACUCGGCAAGACGGCCAUUUAAUCCUCGGAAACUAUGGGACUUGCUGCAUAACAAGUUCAUCCUUCUCCAACAUGGCGAUGGCGAAGAAGAAGAUGAAGAAGAGGAGGACGAAGAUGAGGAUGAGGACGACAAUGGUGAGGACAAAAUGGACGAAGGCGAAGAUAGAAACGAAGAAGGAGCCUCUGAUGAAGAAAACGAAAUGGUAAUCGACCCCGACGAAGCCCUCCAAAACAAACGCACCCACCCCGCCUUCUCCCCCCUCCUCCGAUCUAAAGGCUUCUUUUGGCUCGCAUCCCGCCCCUUCCAAUCAGGUGAGUGGUCACAAGCCGGCGCUAUCCUGACCAUUUCCUGCGGCGGGAAGUGGUUUGCCGAGGAAGAUCCUGCCAAUUGGCCCGAGGAUCCUGACGUCCGCAAGUCCAUUGAGAAUGACUUUGAUGGACGAUGGGGAGACAGACGGCAGGAGAUUGUGAUGAUUGGGGAGGGGAUUGACACGGAGAAGGUCACGGAGGUGUUCGAUCAGUGUUUGUUGGAUGAUGAGGAAAUGAAGCAAUGGGAGGGUGUUAUGGAGGGUGAUGGGUCGAGGGACGACAAGGAAGAUGCUAUGAUGGAUAUUUGGGAGGAUGGGUUUGAGGGGUGGAAUGAGGCCGAGGAGGAAGAUGGACAUAUGCAUUGA